AUGUCAUCAGAAGCCCAGCUCCCAACCGUAUCGCCAACCAUGCGCGCCUGGGUACGCCGAGGGCGCGGUCCUGCCAGUAGCGUGCUCAAGCUGGUCACCGAUUAUCCAACGCCCGAUGUGCCCACAGGCUCGUCGCCCGACGUCCUAAUUCGCGUGUCAAACGUGGCACUACAGUUCAGUUCAGAGGUUAUGAUGAAGAUACUACCCAAACUACCUUUCACCAGCCCGUGGAUCCCGGAACUUGAGCUUUCCGGCGUGGUAGUAGCAGCUGGCGGGGGUGCAUCGGCAGAGCUGCGCGAUCUGGGCGCACACGUCAUUGCUUUUCAGAGCAUUCCUGCCAUAGCCAUGGGCCACGGUGUGCUGGCAGAAUAUGUGCGACUGCCUGGCUCCCAGGUCGCGCGUAUCGAUGAUGGUGUUGAUAUGGCGUCGGCAGCGGGCAUUAUCGGAGCCGGUAGCACCGCGCUUAAGAUGAUUCGCACAGCUGGUGUGCGCGAAGGUCACACGGUGCUCGUGAAUGGGGCCAGUGGGUCGGUCGGCUCGGUGCUGGUGCAGCUGUGCAAGCUGCGUGGUGCAAAGGUGGUCGGUGUGGCUAGCGGAGGAAACCAGCCCAUGGUUCGUGAUCUGGGUGUAGAUGAGUUCAUCGACUACCGCGAACAUGAACCGCUGCCGGCCUACCUUGCGCAGCAGUAUGGCGACAAGCCGUUUGAUUUUUUGCUUGACUGCGUCGGCACGCAAGCGCUUUUUGUCAACUCUCCAGCUUAUCUUAAACCCGACGGAGCUGUUGUGAAUAUUGGCAUGCUCGAGGGGACAUAUGUGACAACGUGGAACAUACUGCUCAAUAGCUGGCUGCCCACAUGCUUGGGAGGCGUGCCGCGUCGCUAUAUAAUGUUCAGCACGCCACCAUCGUAUGACGACGCAGUCUACCUAGCACGUUUGAUUGAGGAGGGCCGCUUGCGUAUUCCUGUCGACUCUGUCUUCCAGAUGAAGGAUGCCAUAAACGCCUACAAGCGCAUCGCCACAAAGCGUGCGCGUGGUAAGGUCGUGGUCAAGGUGCAUGACGAUUAG